AUGCACUACGCCCAGGUCCAGGCCUUUGGCCAACCGCCCCAGUACCUCGAGGGCCCCGACCUCCCUGCGCCCACUGGCAACCAGAUCCGCCUCAAGGUCCUCGCCGCGGCCGUCCACCGCCUCGUGCAGAUGCGCGCCAAGGGCGCGCACUUUUCCGCCACGUCGGCGCCUCUGGACCCCUCGUCGGACGGCGUCGCGGUCGACGAGGCCACGGGGCAGGUGUACUACGUCGGCACCUUUGCCGCGCCCCUGUUUGCCGAGUAUGCCAACGUCGACAAGGCGCGGCUGGUGCCCCUGCCCGCCGGGGCCGAUCCCGUGACCGUCGCGGCGCUGGCCAACCCGGUGCAGUCGUCGUGGAUGUCGCUGGCGGCACGCGUCAACCGGGACGUGCUGCCCGAGGCCUUCUCCGUGCUGAUCCUGGGCGUCACGGGCACGAGCGGCCGCGCGGCCGUCGACGUGGCGCGCCAGUUUGGCGCCGGCACCGUCGUGGGCGCCGGCCGCCGCGAGGCGCCGCUCCAGGCGCUGGUCGCCGACAAGGCCCUGGACGCGUACCUGGUGCUCGACGACGCGACCCUGGCGGCGGCGACGCGCGCGCUGGGCCACGUCGACGUCGUCCUGGACUACGUCUGGGGCGCGCAGGCGGCCACGGUGCUCAACAACCUGCAGCCGGGCGCGGCGGUGACGCAGUACGUCAACAUUGGCACGACGGCCCAGGAGGAGACCCUCGCGCUCAGUGCCCAGACGCUGCGGGCCAAGAACCUGACGCUCAGCGGCGCGGCGCCGGGGAGCUACACGCUGGCCGCGGCCGGCAAGGAGCUGCCGGCCAUUGUGGCCAUGGCGGCCAGCCUGCCCAAGCCCGCGGAUGUGGUGCCGUACCCGCUGAGCGAGGUCGCGCGCGUCUGGGACACGGACGAGGCGCGGAAGAAGCGGCUGGUGUUGUUGCCGGGGACGUCGUAG